GGCCAGGCUUGCAGAGGAAGGGGAGGAGGAGAAGGCAGGUCUCUCUCUGUCUGCCAGCUCUCUCUGUACGCCCUUUAAGCUGAGCUCCUGGAUUAUAUUCACUCGUGUUUAGGCAGAGCCAGUACCUCCUGGACAGACUGGGACCAAGCUUCUCCCCCUGCUGCUAGAACCCCCUGGACAUGCCCAGAUACGAGCUGUCUCUGAUCCUGAAGGCCAUGCAGAGGCCUGAGACAGUUGCUACGUUGAAACGCACAAUAGAAGCUCUCAUGGAGCGAGGAGCAAUUGUACGUAACCUGGAAAGCUUGGGAGAAAAGGCCCUUCCGUACAAGAUAUCAAAGCACAACCAGGCUCACAGACAAGGAGGAUACUUUUUGGUUGAUUUCUAUUCCCCUCCUGAUAUCAUCCCAAGUAUGUUGGAUCAUUUAUCUCGGGACAUUGAUGUUAUCAGACCUACUGUUUUGAAACAAGAGCCAAAAACAGAAGAGGUAGAGUGUCCGGGAAUUCUUCCAGUUGACAUCGAAGCUAAAUUCAAGCGCAGGAGGAAAUGAUAGUAUAUCGUACAAUGUGAAUAAUGUAGCCAAAUAAAAAAUGUUAUUUUGUUUAAUAAAUGUACAUUUAUAAAGGUG